UCUAAAGGAGUGAAGAGGUAAUGCGCCCGACUGAAAACCUAAUUAAGGUAAGAAAUGAGGGGGAAAAUCAGAAUUCCCAAAAAUUCAAGCGCGAAUUGCGAAAGCCCCAUUUCCAGAGAGAAAAGAAAGCCCACACAAAAAAGUAGUGAACCUCAGCACUGCUAUCGUCAAUUAUCAAUGGCAGCAGUAUAAAACUAGAACCACGCCUCCAAUCAGCAAGGCGAAGCCUUGCAAAUAUUCUGAUGCGGAAUCAUAAAAUAGUUUAUAAUUCGUAAACGAUUUGAUUAUUCACAGAAUUAGUGGAGGAGUUUUAAGGUUGGAAUCUGCGAAGAUGUCAGACCUCGACCGGCAGAUAGAGCAGCUGAAAAGAUGCGAACCGCUCAAGGAAUCCGAAGUCAAGGCUCUCUGCCUAAAGGCCAUGGAAAUCCUCGUCGAAGAGAGCAAUGUUCAGCGCGUCGAUGCCCCCGUCACUAUAUGCGGCGACAUACAUGGGCAAUUCUAUGACAUGAAAGAGCUUUUUAAAGUAGGAGGUGAUUGUCCAAAGACAAAUUACCUAUUUCUUGGAGAUUUUGUGGAUAGAGGAUUUUACUCAGUUGAGACAUUCCUUCUUCUACUUGCCCUGAAGGUCAGAUAUCCUGAUAGGAUAACUCUCAUCAGGGGUAACCAUGAGAGUCGGCAGAUAACACAGGUGUACGGUUUCUACGACGAGUGCCUACGGAAAUAUGGUUCUGUCAAUGUUUGGAGAUAUUGUACCGAUAUAUUUGAUUACAUAAGCCUAUCGGCACUCAUCGAGAACAAAAUAUUUUGUGUUCAUGGUGGUUUAUCUCCAGCGAUUUCUACAUUAGACCAGAUUCGGACAAUUGACCGGAAGCAAGAAGUGCCUCAUGAUGGUGCUAUGUGUGAUCUCCUAUGGUCUGAUCCAGAAGACAUUGUUGAUGGUUGGGGUUUGAGCCCACGUGGCGCAGGUUUCUUAUUUGGUGGUAGUGUUGUCACUUCAUUUAAUCACUCGAACAAUAUUGACUUCAUAUGUCGUGCCCAUCAGUUGGUAAUGGAAGGUUAUAAAUGGAUGUUUAAUAAUCAGAUAGUUACAGUCUGGUCUGCACCAAAUUACUGUUACAGAUGUGGAAAUGUAGCAGCAAUUCUUGAGCUGAAUGAAAACCUUGAAAGUGAAUUUCGUGUUUUUGAAGCAGCACCACAGGAAUCAAGAGGAGCGCCUGCUAAGAAGCCGCCUCCAGAUUACUUCUUAUAGGAAUGAAGAAACAACAGUUUGAUGUUGUAAAUGCUCUAGUGUGGUGAAAGGAGGAUGAUUGUGGCUUGAGCUCCAUAGAUGAACCAUAGGAAUGAUAUAUGGGGUGUUGUAAAACAUGGUGCUUGGGCGCUACCUAUCCUAUUGCGCGCUUCAUCUAUAUUUCUAUUUGUCUGUUGUGAUGAUAGUGUGUUAAUCGGCAGUGAAUACUUGUAUGCAAACCAAAUUAUAGUAUUGAUCAUACUUCACGCAGCUGUGCGAAAACUUCCAGUUUGUUACC